AGGGACUCAUGGGGUUAAAAUACUGUGAUAGGACGUAAAGGUCGGGAUAGCCAAUCAGGUUGUAGGGGCGUGAUAAAUCUCGGAAGCAUAGGGCGGAGCUUCGCGGCAGUGUUUGGCUGGCACGAGAGUUUAUCUGUUGGAUUUUAUUCAGCUUUCAUGACUCCACAAUGGGAGCUGGUAUCUCUCCCUCGAUGGGAGAUGAUGGCAUACUGGAUUCUCUCCUUCUCCUCCCAUCUCUAUUCUUUCUACCAGUUGCACAGGUUUUCCAAAGAGCAUGAGGUCAGCCUGGACAGAGAGGUGCAGCUGGAGAGAGGAUUCCUUAUAUGGGGAUUCAAGAAGGACCCUACAGAUUUUGAGUGGAGUUUUUGGAAUGAGUGGGCAUGGCAAUCUCUUUUGUGGUCUUUGAUUGGCCAUGCUGUGGUCUCUAGAUUGGCAGAUAAUUUUUUGCCUCAGUUCCGACUGGCAGUCAUAACGGUGUAUGGCUUCCUCUCAGCUGGGUGGCUUCUCGGCGUGCGAGGCUUGAGUGUCUUGAUGUUGCAUCUGAGCAUCUCAUUGGUGGUUGCUCAGCUACGUAGCCCCAUCCUCUCAUGGUUUUGCUCCCUCCUGCUACUCUCCACACUCAAUAUCACUGCCCUCCAGGAUUUACAGCGUGGUUUGUACACUUCUGAAGACCAGUACUACCUCUUGCUCUUUAGUACUGCUGUUUGUAGCUUGCGCUGCAUUAGCUUCAGUCUGGAGCUGUGCUGGCACCCACUGCAGGCCGGAGGACCAAACCACUGCUCCCAUCUAGAGGAAAAACGACUGAAAACUCUGAUUUUUCAGUUCUACAAGCUCACUGCCUACUGUUUCUAUCACCCCCUGUUUUACAAUGGACCCAUUGUGACCUACAGAGACUUCAGUGAACAGAUAGAGAGGCCAGUGUGUAAAGUCUCUGUGGUGUACGUGCUGAGUGGAAUACUGCGUGUGUGUGUCUGGUGGUGUUUAGCCGAAUUCAUGAUCCACUUCAUGUACAUGCACGCCAUCCAGAGCAACGAAACCUACCUGGAGAUGCUGCCGCCCUGGGCACUGGGUGGUUUGGCUCUUGCGUUGGUCCAGUUUUUUUACAUAAAGUACCUGGUCUUGUUUGGAGCGGUGUCUCUGUUUGUCAGACUGGAUGGACUGGAGCCGCCAAAGUUACCACGCUGUGUCAGCAUCAUGUACAGCUUCACUGGGAUGUGGAGACACUUUGACGUGGGGCUUUACAAAUGGCUCAUCAGGUACAUAUAUGUGCCGCUGGGCGGCUCUCAUCACGGUGUGUUCCGGAAACUCGUCUCCACUGCGCUGGCCUUUGGGUUUGUGUGUUUCUGGCAUGGUUGCCAUGACUACCUGCAGUACUGGGCCGUGCUAAACUGGGUUGGGGUGUUGGUGGAAAACGGCCUCGCACUCCUCUUUUCCUCUCGUCCAUUUCAUCACGUUAUUGUGCGUUGCCUGUCACCUCGGAUGCAGAGGCGUGGCCUAGCGCUUAUCUCCGCCCUCUCCACUGCUUUUCUGAUUCUGUCCAAUCUGCUUUUUCUGGGUGGGAUCCAUGUGGGCAGAAUCUUCUGGAAGAGGGUGUUUGUCCAAGGCUGGUCAUCUGUGGCCGUUCCAAUGGUUGCUUUUCUCUAUUGCUUUGCUCAAGUUGGUCUUGAGUGGGACAUGAGAUGACAACGCCCUUCAGAGCAGAAUCAUGGGAAGGCAAAGUUUCUCACAAAAAAACACUUCGGUAUUUCCAAUAGUUCGGACCAAUCACAAUGUGCACAGCCAGCAUUCCUAUCAGCUCUUUCAAUAUCACGUGUUUGUAUAGUAGCAAUGCUGUAUUUGACCAGCGUGUGUGUGGAAAUGAAAUGAUGUGAGUGCUCCAGGUGUGUGUUUGAUGGUUAAUCCUGUCGCUGCUUUAUUUAUGAGUUUGUCUGAACACUGAUGGUGACACAUGUCUCUGAUCAGCAGCCAGGAUACAGCCUGACCAUUGCUCUCUCUCUCUCUCCCUCGUCCCUCCAUCUGUGUAGAUUUCCUUCCUCUUGUUCAUUUUGUCCCUCUGAUCUUUCUUGUCCUGAUCUCUCCAUCUCAUGUUGUUAUCCAUCAUUCUCUCAUUCUCCUUGUGUGUACCUGCUUCGGUCUUCUUACUAACAGCUCAAGCUGCUGGAUGUGGUUAAUUAGAUCAGUGAUCUGCUAGCCUGGAGUUUCUCCUUUAUUAGAGAGAGCUCGACAUGUGUGUGUUUCAGUGUUAGGGGGAUUACACUUUAAAGAGCUUUAUCUCUGCAGCGUACCUUUAUCAGCAUCAGAUUAAUCACUCAUAAUCCCUUCACAAAAAUCUCUCUCUCUUCAUUUCAAUUUUAGUGUUCUUUAUUGGCAGGAUAAAACUGUAUAUUUGUAGUACCAUAUAAAGAAUCAAAACAGCCAUACUGUCAUUGCAGCAUAAAAGCAAUGAGAAUUUUUAAGAAAAGUAAAAUAGAAUGAAAAGAAAAGUAGAUCUGAAUUAAAUAUAAAAAGAUGUAUUAUUAAAAUAAUUAAAGGGACACACUUUGUAAUAUCAGUUUGCUAUGAUUGCGGUCUCUUUCUCCAUCUCUUCUCUGUGAUAUGAUGAUAUUUUAGUAAAUGGUUAUGGAAGAGGUCAUGCUUGGCCUGCCCUUUCUGUGAGUCAUACUGAAAUUACUGACAUCACAUUUUACACAGGUCCGUGUGUGUGUGUGUGUGUGUGUGUGUGUGUUACUCAACACAGGUCACUCUGCUAUUAAUGAAUGGUAAUUAGUAUGUAGCAUUACAGUCUUCAAAGUGUACAUAAUUGCACAGUUCAAAAUGUUCUCUCUCCUUAAAGUAAGCAUGAAUGGUCAUUUACACCUUGCAAUGUGGUGCAUUAGUGUAUUUAGUGAAUUUGAAUAUUUCAUGAGAUAAAAUAUUGGGCUGGAUUUAAUUGAAUUUAUUGGGAGUUGGAUUGGAUGAUGUAAAGUUGGUGUAACUUACCACAAUGGAGCUAGAAAUUAAAGCAAUUUUGCUUAAGCAAUGUUUAAAUAUCUGUUGGUGAUUAUUAAAUAUUUAUGGACAAUUUAAUACUUUUGAAUCAUAUUAAAUUGGGCCAAUUUUAAUUUCAUGCUGACUUCAAAGCUUUCAUAACUAUCUUGCAUAAAAUGACAGCAAUCAAGUAAAGAGAGUAUAAGCAAAAAUUAAGUAUAGAAAAUAUUUUAUUAUCAUAAAUAAUAUUUUACAGCAAUUUUACAAAUUUUGUAUUUGUGCUUUUACAGUAGUAAUUUCCAUGUGGAGAAAUGAUUUCAGUGUGAAGGUUUCAGUCAGUGGAUAAUGACCAUGCUGUCUGCUGACUACAUCUGAAGUUGAGUUAGGGCUGUUUUUAAAGAACGCCCCUUCGUAGGACCUCUGUGAGCAGACAGACCAAACCCUGCGGUGUGACAGAACUGCACAGCUCCGUUUGAACUUCACUAUCAAAAUACUCAUAGUUCCCCAAAACACUAUGACAUCCCUUCUGUUCAAACACAUAAUUGCACCAACACACAAACUGAAAUGCUCUGUGUGUGUGCGCGCUAGCAUGUUUGGUUGAAUUUCACAAAGUCUGACAUGAACCUUCAAAGGAAAAAAGAAAAAAAAAAAAUUUGUAGAAAUAAAAUGUGUUUUUAGAUUUUAUCAUGUUCAAUUCUCAGUACUCUAAUAAUAAUAACUUCAAUUAAAUGUAAGAUUUUAUAUUUAAUUAAUAUUCAUUUUAUUUUAAUAAUUAUGAAAACAAUCUUUAUUUCUUUUGAUUUGGGGUUUAAAUGGGGGUGUUUUCUCUUUUAGGCUUUUGUGAAAUAAAUCCGACCAUAGAAAAGUUUCUCAAUCACGGACUGGUGUCUGGUCUCUAAUCAUGUAGUGGCCAAUUUUGUUGUCGAGACACGGUACUUUGGUUCUCAAGUCUGAAAAAACUAUGCAAACUCCCUAAAGUGAGACUAAGAUCUGUGAGGAUUCAUUUCCCCUCGCUAAAUGCAAAUUUGAACUCGCUCUCCAAGAGUCAGACAGGUCUGCUUCAAAGAGUGAAUCCAUUAGCUCUAUGGGGUAAGAGGCAAGAGAUUAAAUACUCAUGCAGUAGAGGAGUACUUUCUUUUUAAUGGUAAUUUAUUCCAUUUUCCUUUGUAUUGACCAUGCAUAUCUUAACCUUAUUUUAAGUGCAAAACAAGCCAUGCUGUUGGCGUAUUUGAUCAAAUCGGUCAUGAUCAGAUGGUAACGUGUCUCUGCGAGUAAACCAUGCUAGUGUCCAAGGCUGCGCAUUUCUUCUUAAACAAAUCAGCUCUGUAAAAUCCUCACUCUCAUUUUCUCUCACGAUGAAAAAGUGCAUUCUCUGAAUAUUAUGACUGUUAUUGCUGUGCUGCAGAGGCAUGCAGUUACAUCAGGGCUGCGUUUGUUUUGUUAUAUUACAUUGAUUACAUCAUGUGGUUCAGGUUAAAUGUUAUAUCUGGGCUGGAGGAGCAUGGCAGGAAUAAUCUGGGUGAAAUACAGCAGCAAUGAUUAUUGCUUCAGAAUCAGCUCAGGCUGAUGCUUUACAUUCCAGUUUACAUGGAUUUGCAUGUCAGUAUUGUUAUUAGUAUCACUGUAACAUUCAUAUGUCUUAUUUAAAAUCAGUUCUGGGCUGCUCUCUAAAAGAUGGUGAAGUAACAGCACGGGGUACAACCGCUAAACCUUUUCCAUUCCAGCUCAGCAUUUGGAGUAUAAGCAAAUGACCCAUAAUAUUAAAGCUAAUUAAGAUGUCGUUAUUGUAAAACAUGCUCUGAAGCAUAAAACAACCUUAAUUGGAAUUUUACCAUUUAAUAUCGUUUCUCCGGCAUCCUGCUGACAGAAUGAGAUAAUUAUCUCUCAAGGGCAAUAAUACACAUAUAUAUAUAUAUAUAUAUAUAUAUAUAUUUUUUUUUUUAAAGAAACUAGAAUGUAAAAAAUCUUCAUACUGUAUAAAUGUAUCUUUGUUGUAAACAGAAAUAAAUCUUCAUGUUGUUAGA